CCAGUGACGAGGGCCCCCACUUUGUCCCAUUCAAAUGUGGCCUUGGAUUGUAGCUUCAUAUAGCAAAGAGUUUUGAAAUCCGCAAAAAGAAAGAAAACACUGAAGAUAAGACAAGAAAGCCAGUUUCAAGUCUCCUGGGAGUGUUAAAAUUAUUUUUUUUCGGUGAUGAUUUGUGAUGCUCUGAUCAGCACUCGACUAUGUCGCAUUUACCUGGGAGUGUGGGUUUUAUGCGCCAAUGCUGCAGAGGACUUAGCUUGGUAUGAAUGGGGGCCAUUGAAUUCUCAAGACCUCGCCGAUCGUCAAGCUCCCAACUUGGAUGCCCUUCUCCAUGCCAGCCUAACACCGACUCUUCCAAACUCUGAUGGAGCGAAGGUGGUCAAUACUGCAGCUCAAUCCACCUAUUCCUAUUCGAACUCAGAGAAGUCGCUGCAACAAGCUCACCUUGAAGUUGGAAGAAACGUGCAAGACUGGGGUCCACAACUUCCUGGCAUUCACGGGACUUCUACCACCUCAGUCCAGCCAAUGCUAGAUUCGGCCUUGACAACUUGGUCUGAUCCGUAUAGUGAGCUUGCCACAAAUCCAUGUUCCCAAUACCGGGGGCUUGUCAGCGGCUUCAACUGGCUGGCUGGAUCCAAUCCAUCAAGCUUGGCUUGCGCAGAGACCGGAUGGACCAAUUUCCCACAAUUCACCCUUAGGUGCUGGCGCCGAAACGGCUCCGUGGCUGACAGAAAUGGACGCAGGAUCAAGCCAUCAAUAUUCCACUCAUGGAAUGACGGCUAUGAGAUCUUCAAAGCAGUCCACCAAUCUACCAUACCCAAGCUUCCUGUAUUCUGGAUCUCAUGCCAUGGUCCAACCAAGCAAAAAGAUUAAAAUUGACCGUCCUUUAGCUGAUGCUCAUGUCCAGAGUUCUUCAAUUGAAACAAUGUCAAGUGAUCCGUUAAUAGCAUUUCAAAAUCAGCCAGGGUCCGCAAACAAAUUCAAUCUUAUGAUCAACAGUUCUCUUGGAAGAGAAGCAUUUUCAGGGAACUAUAUCAGUACUAAUCCAAUGGACCACCAACCUUG